AUGACGCUGAUAGGGCCUGCAGGCUGGCUGGCGAUGACGUACUACUACGCGACGGCAUUCCGCACGGGCGUGUACCCCGCGAUCAUGCAGGAUCAGCUGUAUCUUUGGGCGCGCCCGCGUGCCAAAGACGCUAGCACAUGGAAUGACAUGAUCGGUCCGCCGACCAACUAUCAGCUGGGCACGGAUGCGGAGGCAACGUACCAGCUCCUUCACGACGAGCGCUCUCUUGACGGCAUUCCCCUGCUGAAUCUUGCCUCUUUCGUCCACACCUGGAUGCCCAAGCAGGCUGACCAGUUGAUGAUGGCGAAUAUCGGCAAGAAUCUCAUUGACCAAGAUGAGUACCCCAUGACCCGUGCCCACGAGCAUGCCAUCGGCACUGCCACCACCGGCUCCUACGAGGCGAUCCAGUCCGGCGGGCCCGCAAUGAAGCGUAUCUGGCAGGAGAAGCGCAAGGCAGAGGGCAAAAGCAUCCACGAUCCCGGCCCCAACAUCGUCAUGGGCGCGAACGCGCAGGUCGCACUCGAGAAGUUUGCUCGCUACUUUGAUGUGGAGGCGCGUCUCGUGCCGAUCUCGGAAGAGAGCCAUUAUCGUCUUGACCCGAAGAAGGCGAUGGAAUACAUCGACGAGAAUACGAUAGGGGUAUAUGUCAUUCUUGGAAGUACAUAUACCGGUUAUCACAAACCUGUCGAAGAGAUGGCUGAGCUGCUUGACGAGUACGAGGCGCGUACUGGCCAUUCGGUACCCAUUCACGUCGACGGUGCAUCUGGCGGCUUCAUCGCGCCCUUCGCGACGCCGAAGCUCGAGUGGGAUUUCCGCAUCCCGCGUGUCGUCUCCAUCAAUACUUCGGGCCACAAGUUCGGUCUGUCGUACGUCGGCGUAGGCUGGGUUGUGUGGCGCUCCCAGAAAUUCCUUCCGAAGGACCUCAUCUUCGAGCUGCAGUACCUCCGCUCGGUGGAGUACUCCGCAUCCGAUCAUUGCGCAGUCUUCAACUUUGUGCACCUCGGAUGGGAGGCGUACCGUGCUGUCACGUUGGCAGAUUUGAAAAAUGCGAGGUUGUUGAGUCGGGUGCUGGAGAAGAGCGGGUUGUUCGUGGUGUUGAGUGACAUUCACUGGCCGGCGGAGAGUAUGUUAGGUGCCGCAAAGCAAGCGGUUGGACUCGGAUUCGAUGAGGAGAACGUCGAGAGUUAUGUUCCCGGCUUGCCGGUUGUCUCCUUCCGCUUCUCGGAAGAGUAUCGUCAGAAGAACCCUGGCGUGCAGCAGCGCUGGGUGCAGACCCUGCUUCGUGCCAGGAGCUGGAUCGUGCCCAACUACGAGCUCGCCCCCACGCUGCAGGACGUGGAGAUCCUGCGUGUUGUCGUACGCGAGAACCUGAGCGCGUGA